AUGACCCCUUAUUCUUAUACGAGAGACCCUUCUUUUACGGUUGAGCACUAUAUCUCUAUACAUCGGACUUGGGACUUAAGGAUUCUUCAGACCCACUUUGGAGACAUUGACAUUCAGCGCAUUCUAUCCAUUCCUCUAAGUACUUUUCCCAGAGAUGAUAAGUUGAUUUGGCAUCACUCAGAUUCAGGAUCUUACUCUGUGAAAACAGGAUACCAAUUGGCUGCAAGUUUGGAAACUCAAUAUGAACAUUCCUCAUCUUCCACUCAUCGACAAUGGUGGAAUCGCAUGUGGUCUUUGCGUUGGGAAACAUCUGGACAUGCUAUCUUUCGAUGUAAAAGUGCAAAGGUUGUUUGGCAACAAUUCCAAUACCAAAAUUAUAUGCCAAACAUGGGUAAUGUUAGGGGUUUUGAUAUCUUUUCUUACAUUGCAGCUGCUUACAAUGAUAUGGAACUUGAGCAGAUAGUUUGUUUAAUGUGGAGUAUAUGGUCUGAAAGGAACAAAGAGAUCCAUGGUACUAAGCCUAAACCGUUUGCUGUUUUGUGUUCUUCUUCUGCCUCUUAUUUGGAUCAGUUUCACAAAGCCACUGCUCCAAAACAAGCGGCUGCUGGUGUAACAUCCCAGGGUGAUUUUUCGACAACUCCCUCUGUUCCUGCUGCUGCUAGGACUCCUCAAACAUGGAGAUCUCCCCCUGCUGGCUUGCAUAAAUUAAAUGUGGAUGCUGCGUGUGAUCAGGUUGCUGGAAAAUUAGGCUACGGUGCUCUAAUUAGAGAUCAUAUAGGUGAUGUUGUUGUUGGUUUCUCUAGGCCUUUUCAUGGAUUUUUCUCUCCAAAAGAAAUGGAAGCUGCUGCUCUAUUUCACAGUUUAACAUGGGCCAUUCAUCACCAGCUAUCCAUCCACUUUAUUGAAACUGAUUCACUUUUGCUGGCAAAUGCAAUCAACUCUAUGUCUUCUAUUCCUUUUGUAACUUCUUUUCAUGACUUAGUAGAGGACAUUAUUUAUCUUUUAUCCUACUUUUCUGGAGUAAAGGUUUCUCAUGUUAAAAGAGAAGCCAAUAAAGCUGCUCAUGCUUUAUCAAAAUUUGGUCUUCGAUUGGAUGAAGAUAUUUCAUAG